AUGUCGAACUCCAACUGCGUGAGGCCAGGUGUGUUGUGUUUUAGCGAGCUGUUCUUCAUCAAGGAGCCCCACGACGUGACGGUGAUGCGCAAGGACGCCGUUAUUCUGGACUGCCAGGCCCACGGCGAGGCCCCCAUCGGCGUCAAGUGGCUGAAGAACGGAGUACACGUUGCAGAGAACGAGCGCGUUUACCGGCUGGCCAACGGCUCGCUGUACAUUGCCGAGGUGGAGAGUAGGCGAGGAGACAAAUCAGACGAGGGCCUUUACCAGUGCCUCGCCCAGAACAAGUAUGGAGCCAUCCUGAGCCAGAAAGCCCGUCUGACAAUCGCAAAUAUUUACCCUUUUACAAUCCAGCCAGUAUCAAUUGUGGUCACCGAGGGAUCUGUUGCUCGCUUCUCCUGCAAAAUCACCGCGAGUCCUCCCCCCAUCCUCACCUGGGAGUUUAACAGAGUCACCUUACCCUUGGCAACAGAAAGGAUCACUGUGUUGCCCACCGGAGUGUUGCAGAUCCAGGGAGUGGACCAGAGGGAUGCAGGCAACUACCGCUGUGUGGCCACCAACAUCGCCAACCGUCGCAGGAGCACGGAGGCUACUCUGACUAUCACUCCAGCUCCUGGUGCUCGGCUCCCCCAGAGGCCUCGCAUCGUCGCUGGGCCCCAGAACCAGACGGUGUCUCUGCAUCAGAGCGCCAUCCUGGAGUGCAUGGCCACGGGGAGCCCUCGGCCAAUCAUCUCCUGGAGCCGCGCUGACCACAGGUCCAUCGACGUGUUCAAGACCAAGGUGCUGGGCAGCGGCAACCUCAUGAUCUCGGACGUGAAGGCGCAGCACGCCGGCCUGUACAUCUGCAGGGCCACCACCCCCGGCACCCGCAACUACACCAUCGCCGUGGCCAACAUCACUGUGCAAGCUCCCCCCUCUCUGGUGGAGUGGCCUGAGAGUCUGACCCGUCCUCGAGCGGGCACGGCUCGCUUCGUGUGCCAGGCGGAGGGGGUACCCACACCUCACAUCACGUGGCUGAAGAAUGGCGAGAGGGUCCACUCCAAUGGAAGGAUCAAAAUGUACCACAGCAAACUGGUGAUCAAUCAGAUCAUCCCUGAGGACGACGCCAUCUACCAGUGCCAGGCGGAGAAUGAGCUGGGCUCGGUGCUGUCCAUGGCCCGGCUCAUCGUGGUCAUGUCCGAGGACCGUCCGAGCGCGCCCAGGAACACGCGCGCCGACACCGUGUCCAGCUCGGCCAUUCUGCUGGCCUGGGAGCGGCCGCUGUACAACUCGGACAAAGUCAUCGCCUACUCGGUGCACUACAUGAAGGCAGAAGGUUUGAAUAAUGAAGAAUACCAAGUUGUCAUUGGCAAUGACACCACUCGCUAUAUAAUUGAUGACCUGGAGCCUGCCAGGAACUACACCUUUUACAUAGUGGCCUACAUGCCCAUGGGAGCCAGCCGCAUGUCCGACCACAUCGUCCAGCACACUCUUGAAGAUGUGCCCCUGCGUGCCCCUGAGCUCAGCCUCACCAGCCGCAGCCCCACCGACAUCCACGUGUCCUGGCAGCCGCUGGCGCCCAAGCUGAGCCGCGGGCACGUCUCGUCCUACCGGCUGGCCCACCGCACCAGCACCGACAGCAGCAUCACGCAGCUGGAGCUGGGGGGUCACCUCACGCAGCACCUGCUGGAGGGCCUGCACCCCGACACCAUCUACCUGGUCCGCAUCUCGGCCGCCACCAGGGUGGGCUGGGGGGAGCAGUCGGCCUGGACGUCCCACCGCACGCCCAAAGCCUCCAGCACCAAAGUGCCCCUGGCCCCAGAUCUGCAGCUGGAGGCCCUCAACUGCACCACCAUCGUGGUCCACUGGAAACUGACCCCGGGCAACGCGGCUGGCACCCAGGGCUACCGGCUCUUCUACCACGAGGAGACCCAGACGGAGAGGCCGCCGAUACAGCUGCGUGCCCAGGAUAACCACUACACCAUCGGAGGCCUGGACCCCAGAAAGAAGUAUCACGUCAAGCUCCUGGCUUACAACUUCAUGGGAGAGGGAUACCAAGCAGACCAGACUGUCAGCACCCCUGGAUGUGUCUCCGUCCGUGAUCGCUUGGUACCCCCGCCACCACCCCCUCACCAUUUGUACGCCAAGACCAACAGCUCCUCUGCUGUGUUCCUGCACUGGGGCCGGCCUGCCUUCACUACAGGCCAGACGGUGAACUACACGCUCCGCUGUAAUCCCGUGGGCUUGCAGAACGCCUCGCUGGUGCUCUACCUCCAGACAGCUGAGCAGAGUCUGCUGGUACAGGACUUGGAACCCAGCACCCGCUAUGAGUUUGCAGUUCGUCUCCACAUGGACCAGCUCUCCAGCCCAUGGAGCCCUGUUGUAUACCAGAGCACACUUUCACAAGCCCCCACACAGCCGCCAUCUGGAGUGAAGGUGACGCUGAUCGAGGACAACACAGCCCUAGUGUCCUGGAAGCUGCCUGAUGAUCCCAAUGUGUCUGUGUCACAAUACACCAUCCUCUACGCGUCCCGCAAGGCCUGGGUGGCUGGCGAAUGGCAGGUGCUCCAAAGAGAAGGGAGCAUCACUAUGGCUUUGCUGGAGAAACUGGAGGCAGGGAACACGUACCUGGUGAAAGUGUCGGCCUCCAAUGAGAUGGGUGACGGGCCGUUCUCCAGUGCAGUCGAGCUGGCUGUACAAACCGACGGCUCUUCCUCUGGCCACGUCCCCAGACGCUCGCACGGCUCCUCUCAUGCCACAGCAUUUUCUGAUGGGUUCUACCACCUGGACCAGAAGUCGAUGACCGGCAUCAUUUUAGGAGUCUGCGUAGCGCUCACCUGCAUCAUCAUCUGUGCCUUAAUCCUGGUGUGUCGGGGCAAAGACAGGAAAUCCUGCACAACAAAAGCUGUGAGGCAAGGUGGAGGCCCGAUCCCUGCCGUCUCUCACUCGGCUGGAGAAAUUCAGGUGGAGAAUGCAGAGGUUAUGGUGCCCAUGAUGAGCGACCAUUUUGUUGACGCCAAGGGAGGAACGAAUUUGAUCAUAAAUAGCUAUGGCCCUGUCAACACAAAUCCCGAAAAGAAGAAUAAGAAGAAAUGGCUUUUCUUUGAGAAGGAGGAGAAAGAGAAAGUCCAGGUAAAAAGAAACAUAACCAAGUCGAUCCGUAGCACAUGUUCCUACCAGCCAGGAACCACAGUCCUGUGCUACAAGGAGGAGGCCCAGCACCCCACCUCCCUACAGGUUCUGUUCAGCUCGUCAGGAGACACGGAGGGCUCCCAGAACAGCGAGGGCAGUCAUGAGACUGGGGAUUCAGGCCGCUACUCCCAUGACGAGAUGGAGAUGACCAAUCUGUCGUCAGGACAAGGCAGUCGGCCCUCCUCUCUGCAGGGCGUGGAGAGUGAUGGGUCUGAAGGUGACUGCGUCCUUGAGGUUCCGUCAUCUGACCUCGCUGUGGACAUGAGAGAAGCCACAGGAAGGCCUUGCCAGGAGCAGCAAGAGGUCCCAGUAAUUUCUCAGUCUGCACUUUCCCUGUAG